CUCGGGUUCUCCUUGCAGAAGGAGUUGGCAACGGACCUGAUCCUGCAGUCGCUCCCUGAGCUGUAUAAGGGUUUUGUCAUGAACUACAUGAUGCAUGAUCUUGACAAACCCCUUCCGGAGCUUCUUAAAAUGCUCCAGACUGCAGAGGAGAACCUUACUAAGGGCAAGGGUGCUUCCGUCCUUAUGGUCCAAGGCGGAAAGGGGAAGCCGAAGAAGGGGAUUAAGAUUAAGGCUAGGACGGUCGGAAAGCCUAAAUCGAAGUCCACUUCAUCUGCAACCCAGAAACCCAUAGGAGGAGUUGCAAAGGGCAAAUGCCAUCACUGUGGUAUGGCAGGCCACUGGAGAAGAAACUGCAAGACAUACCUCGCAACCAAGAAGAAGGAAGGUACGACCAUUUCUUCUGAGGGACUGAAGCAGAGUAGACGGUUAGCUCGAGGCGAGAUUGAACUCCGAGUCGGCAAUGGUGCACCUGUUGCAGCUUUGGCAAUCGGAACUUAUAGUUUAGUCUUGCCUAGUGCUCUAAU